ACCUACCCAAGGACUGGUGGUAAGGACAUCGAAUUCUUUCCCUCUGCAUCAUGUGUAUUUCAACGCAAUAGACCGUGUCACGAUCGAGUACGUUGGCAGUCUCGAGAAUGGGCAGCAGAUUGACAGUUCCAUCGAGCGUGGCCCAAUGAUGUUUCAAAUCGGUGUUGGGAGCGUGUUACGGUGCUGGGAUGAAGGAAUAACCAGGCUUUCUCUAGGCGAGCGCGCCAUCAUUCAUGCAUCUUCUGAAUACUGUUACGGCCAACAGGGCUUUCCGCCCAUCAUCCCGCGAGAUGCCGCUUUAAAAUUCGAGGUGAAGCUGAUCAAAAUAAAUUGAGGACCUCGUGGCUUCCGCAUCACCAUCACGCCUAAUUGUAUCUUUCACAUCAGCAUACCAUUGCACUAGACACCUUUAGAACCUGUAUACACAUCCUUUCACCCAAAUCUUUUAAUCGUGUUCUCAAAAUGGUCUAUGACCCAUGCUCUAAUCGCACU